AUGUCAUCGCCCCCGACGACACCCAUAUCGCAGGCCUCAACCAAGUUUGGCCUCGACAAUUCCAGCUACCUCGAUGACAACAAGAGUUUUCGGAGACACGCCUUAGAACGAGUCAAAGAGGUGUCCGUUUCGCAAGACAUAUUUUUAUUUCUGCUCGCAUUCAGGAUUCUUAACGCGUUGAGUAUCAAGACCUUCUUUCAACCUGACGAAUUUUUCCAAUCGCUCGAGCCAGCAUGGGAGAUAGCGUUUGGAGCUGAGAGCGGAGCAUGGAUCACCUGGGAGUGGAGACAUCACCUUCGUUCUGCGAUUCAUCCUGCAAUCUUUGCCGCCGUGUAUAGGCUGUCGUCAGGCCUCUCCUGGGUCCUGCAUCUGUCUCCCACAUACCGCGCCGACCUUCUAGUAGCCGCGCCAAAAGUAACCCAGGCCAUCUUCGCUGCGCUGGGGGAUUACUACACGUGGAAACUUGGGGAAUGUGUCUACGGAUCAGGCAGUAAUGAAGCAUGGGCGGCUCUCGCCCUCACGGUUUGCAGUCCAUGGCAGUGGUUCUGCUCGACGCGCACGCUUUCCAAUUGCCUCGAAACAACCAUGACGGUUGUUGCGCUGAAUUUCUGGCCUUGGCAGUGGGCGAUGGACGCUGAAGAAGACGAUGAGAUUGAUAAUGACGGUCUGCGCAUAAACGAGAAGCAAAGCAAUGUUGACGAGAAGGCAAAACUUCGUCGCUGUCUGUUACUUGCUGCUUUGGCCUGUAUACUACGACCAACUAACAUUCUGAUUUGGAUAUGCUUUGCUACCUUCGCGCUAUUGCGUAUCACGACGCAUGGAAAAAUGCUGUCGUUACCUUGGGAGGGUAUGCAGAUAUGGGUCCACAUCUCCUCUCUGUCUUUUCUCCCUGCUACUAAGCAGGAGCGCAAGGUCUUGCUGACAGAGGCCUGUCUUUGCGGGUCUUUAAUGUUGAUGCUUUCCACACUUGUUGACCGUCUCUACUACGAACAAUGGACAUUUCCCCCCUUUCGGUUCCUCUAUUUCAAUAUCGCACAAUCCCUCGCAGUAUUCUACGGCAGAAACGACUGGCACUAUUACCUAUCGCAAGGAUACCCACUGCUUUUGACGACUUUCCUUCCAUUCGGCUUGAUCGGCAUCUGGCAAUCCCUCUUCCCUCCCGAGCAUCCUCCCCAAUACCUCAACGACUCCACUUCUACGAAAAACAUCAAAUAUCAACUCGCCACGACAGCGGUCCUGGUUCCGUGUGUAUUGUCAUUCAUUCCUCAUAAGGAGGUCAGAUUCGUCUACCCUCUCCUCCCUCUUCUUCACAUACUCGCUGCGGUACCCUUCACGACGUUUUUCCUUCCUGGUGUCUCCCUAGCCAUUCCGCGGUCUUCACAAUUCACAGCCAAGCGUUUUCUUCUUGCCCUUCUGUUCAUCGUCAACAUCAGUAUCGCGAUUGUAACGACAACAUCGCACCAAACCGCCCCACUUACAGUUAUGACCUAUCUCCGCAACCAACACACCAAAUACUAUCUCAGCCAGCCACCUUCCGAAUUUCUCGCGCCUGCACCAUCUACGAUGACUGUUGGCUUCCUGAUGCCUUGCCAUAGCACGCCCUGGCGGUCUCAGCUUGUCCAUCCUUCCAUGAAAGCCUGGGCUCUGACAUGCGAGCCCCCUGUCAACAUGAACGCCUCCGCUCGAGCCAACUAUCUGGACGAGGCUGAUCAAUUCUAUGCUGACCCUAAGCAAUUCCUUGCUACAACAUUAGGAACCCCUCCCACCCUGAAGAAACGACAAGCCUCAUGGUUCGGUUGGUUCGGCACCCGCAAGCGCCGGAAGAAUGGAUUUGGCAGAGAAGACAUGAUUGAAGCAGAUGCGUGGGAUGGCAGGGAAGGUCGAAAGAGCUGGCCUGAGUACGUUGUCUUCUUCGAACAGAUGGAGCCAACGAUGAAGGAAGUUUUGACUGGAAGUGCAUACAAUGACUGCUGGCGGGGUUGGAAUAGCUGGGGCCAUGAUGACUGGAGGAGGAAAGGCGAUAUGUUAGUGUGGUGUUUGAGGAAACAAGGGGAUAAGGAGAGAAGCAAAGGCCUGCUUUGGUAA